AUGGCAAAGCAGGUGAAGAGCGUAUUGCGCCAUGUGUCGGCACAACAUAGGGCGUUCUGUGGCAGGACUUUCACCUGUGUUUAUCCGGGUGUCGCGAGAUUUGGCAUCCGCUCUCGCCAUCUCAUGAGAACAUUCAGUUAUUCGCUAUUUGCAAGUCCUUGCGGAAUGCUAAUGAUAGGCAGAUAUAGACCGGGUAUGCUGGUGCAGCGUAGUCGUAACCAUGGCGACUUGCUGCAUCCUUUCCCGCCGCCGACGCACACCGGGGAGGAUGUCGCUCCCGCGCCGACGGGAGACGCGCCGCCAGAGGGCGCUGACGACGCGGCGAUGCCGUGCCGCUGGCUCGUCGGCGACCUCAUCUGGGCGAAGGUCGUCGGGCACCCGUGGUGGCCGUGCAUGGUCAGCGCCGACCCCGUGCUGGGCCGCUACACGGAGGUCAAGGGUCGCGCGCCGCGCGGCUUCCGCCGCUACCACGUGCAGUUCUUCGGCGACGCGCCGCAGCGCGGCUGGGUGACGGACGGCGGCUGCGUGGAGUUCGCGGGCCUCAUGCGCUUCAACAACUACGUGCGCGAGCGCGUGGAGGCGGCGCGCACGGGUAGCGCCAAGCGGCUCGUCCGGCGCCGCUACGAGGUGAAGCCGUCGCACGCGUGGGACGUCGCCGUCAAGGUCGCCGAGGAGGCGUCGGCGCAGACGCGCGCCGAGCGCCGCCAGCGCUACACGUUCGUCUACGCCGACCUCGCCGCGACCCCGCAGGUGGCGCCACCGGCUGCGGCGAAGAAGCGAAAGCAGGCGAGUGGCGAGAUGCCGGUGAAGAAGCGCGCCAAGAAGGCGGCCGCGCCGCCGCCCGCCGUCGCUGGAGGUCAGGCGGUUAGUCAGAAGGUCGGCGGAGGUCAGGAGGUUAGUAAGAAGGUCGGCGGAGGUCAGGCCGUUAGUCAGAAGGUCGGGGUAGGUCAGGUGGUUAGUCAGAAAUUUGGCGGAGGUCAGGAGGUUAGUCAGAAGGUUGGCGGAGGUCAGGCCGUUAGUGAGAAGGUUGACGGAAGUCAGGUGGUUAGUCAGAAGGUUGCCGGAGGUCAGGAGGUUAGUCAGAAGGUUGGCAGAGGUCAGAAGGUCAGCAAGGAUGUCGGCAGGGGUCAGGAGGUCAGCAAGGAUGUCGAUGGCGGCGGCGACGAGCGCAGCGCCGAACCUCCGUCGAGCGGGCUCGCAGACGGAGAGGCGCUGCCGCCAGGGGGCGCCGGCGCGGAGUCCGCACCCGACGUUCCCGCGCCGGUGAACGGCGAUCGGAACAGCGAGGUGUCGUCCGAGGAGGAGGGCAAUCUCAUGAUCGUGACGUGA